CCACUCUCCUCUUUCGCUCGUAUCACUCGAAUAUUCUGCUUUCUUUCUCGUUUGCGUUUGUUUUUCCUCUUUUUUUGAGGUUUGGGUUUCUGGGGUUGGUGUGAAGAUGAUGUACGAGCAGCAGCAGCAGCAAGUGAGAUUGGAUUUGAGGAGGAAGGCAGGGACAGCGGAUCGGAGAAAGAGAGGAACUGCCAUUGUUGAGGAAGAUGAGAAGCUUGAAGUCGUGGAUCUGAGUGGCUUGUCCAUGGAGUCUCUCCCUAACCCUACCCUUACUUUAGCCCUCAUUUGCAAGUUGGACAUCUCCAACAACAACCUUCAGACAAUACCGGAGUCGCUGACGGCAAGAUUGCUAAACGUGGUGGUGCUGGACGUCCACUCCAACCAGUUGAAGGUCCUUCCAAACUCGAUCGGGUGUCUCUCGAAGCUCAAGGUUCUGAAUGUUGCUGGAAACUAUCUUCAGUUCCUCCCCAGGACUAUUGAGAAUUGCAGAUCACUUGAGGAACUGAAUGCCAAUUUCAACCAGCUUACGAGACUACCGGACACCAUUGGCUUUGAGCUCCUGAACCUUAAGAAGCUCUUAAUCAGUUCGAACAAGCUCGUGUUCCUCCCUCGCUCCAUCUCCCACCUCACCUCCCUCCUUAUCCUCGACGCUCGGCUCAACUGCCUUCGCUCACUGCCUGAAGACAUGGAGAACUUAAUCAACCUUGAAGUUCUCAACGUUAGCCAAAAUUUCCAGUGCCUCGAGACCCUCCCCUACUCCAUAGGCCUACUGUUAUCCCUCGUCGAGCUGGACGUUAGCUAUAACAAGAUCCCGGCCUUGCCAGACUCCGUGGGAUGUCUCAAGAAGCUCCAGAAGCUCUGCGUCGAAGGAAACCCUCUCACUUCGCCUCCGGUGGAAGUCGUUGAGCAAGGGUUACCCGCCGUGAAGGAGUACUUGAGCGAAAAGAUGAACGCGGGCCAUCAAAGUCCAGCCAAGAAGAAGUCAUGGAUCGGCAAGUUGGUCAAGUAUGGCACAUUCAAUGGGAGCCGAGUUAGUAGGAUGAACCAGGAGGAAAGCGAAGGGUUUGUGGCAUCCGACUAUCAAAGAAUUGCUGGACUUGCCUCGCCGAGAUACAUGGGGAGGUUCUCACCGCGCCGCCUCUUCUCUCCGAGAUGAAGUCAUUAAUGCUUAUUAAUGUUUUGUAAAGGUUUUUUUACAGUAGUUGUUUCGUGCGAAUGU